CCAGCUCUCGUUAGUUGUUACCAGCCCGCGUAGCCAAGUCCCCAAGUAAGAGCUGCUCAUCGAGGACUCCUUCACUCUCUCUUAGCAUAUUUCUGACCCAAAAACGAAACCAUGGCGGCUGCAGCAUCUUUACAGAAUCUCCUGAACCUCGGGACCAAAAUUGUCGCCGUUGGCCGCAACUAUGCCGCGCACGCCAAAGAACUGGGCAACGCUGUCCCCAAGGAGCCAGUGUUGUUUUUAAAGCCGACAUCAUCGUAUUUGGAAAAUGGAGGGACAAUUGAGGUUCCACACCCUUUGAAUUCUUUAGAUCAUGAAGUUGAACUUGCUGUUGUGAUCGGACAAAAGGCUCGGGAUGUGCCUGAAAACCAUGCCAUGAGUUAUGUUGGAGGCUAUGCUUUAGCAUUGGAUAUGACUGCAAGGGAAAUCCAAUCUGUUGCAAAGUCUGCAGGUCUUCCUUGGACAGUUGCUAAAGGGCAGGACACCUUCACACCUAUCAGUUCUGUUUUUUCGAUGUCUAAGGUGCCUGAUCCCGACAACUUGGAAUUGUGGUUAAAGGUGGACGGAGAAAUACGCCAAAAGGGUUCCACCAAGGAUAUGAUUUUUAAAAUUCCUUACCUUAUUAGCCACAUAAGUUCCAUUAUGACACUUUUUGAAGGAGAUGUCAUAUUAACAGGCACUCCACAAGGUGUUGGCCCUGUGAAGGUAGGACAAAAGAUAACUGCUGGAAUAACAGGCCUCAUGGAUGUUCACUUUGAUGUUGGAAAACGCCAAAAGCCAGGAAGCAGUUGAGCUUAGCGCAUCCAUGCUGCUGCAACCAGAGCCUGUUGAAGCACAUCCUUUAAAUUUUUUAUUCGACUGCAGCAGGGAAUAAAUGGCACAUUCUUCUAUUGGAGUUAACCGAGCACCUGACAAACUAAAAGCAAACAUAAAUAUAACCAAGCGUGAGAGACACAGCCCUUCGAUCUUUACGGGUAGGCAAUUAAUAAUAGUAGUGUGAAUGUUGUGUUUAUGGAGUCACCUUCAUUAUCAACAUGCAGUGUUACUUUCAGUGCGUUAUACUGAACUAAACUCAAAACUAAUGCCUGUUGGCUUUUGAAACUUGUUCAAUUGUAUGGAUUGUGCUUAAAGUUUUGUAUUACAAAUUAUGUCAGUCAAAUAAAAAUCAUGUGAGAUUUCAUAACAGUCA